UCGCCGAAACUGUUCGACACAGACGUGGUUAGAAACUGUUGGUUUAAAUAAUAUUAGAAUGAAAAAAUUCGAAAAGCUCGUUUUAAUAUCUCAUAAACCAAUACGGAGCAUGUGAUUGAUUAAUAUUGAAACGUGUCAAUCAAUAAAAACUCUUAUACGAUUUACUAAAUUAUCUGCACAGUAUGUUGGACCACAGCAUAAUCGCGAUAUGCUUUUGUGUCUGCCUGGCUAUAGUUUUCAAUUUCUCUUUGCACCGCAUAGAGGAGGGCCAUGUGGGCGUUUAUUUCAGAGGAGGCGCACUGUUGCCUCAAGUAAGCAAUCCUGGAUUUCACAUGAUGAUACCUUUAUUAACAACGUACCGUUCCGUUCAAGUUACAUUACAAACUGAUGAAGUAAAAAACGUGCCAUGCGGUACGAGCGGCGGGGUGAUGAUCUACUUCGAUCGGAUCGAAGUUGUAAAUAUACUAGAUGCAAACAGCGUGUACAACAUGGUAAAGAAUUUCACAGCGGACUACGAUCAGACGUUGAUAUUCAACAAGAUCCAUCACGAGCUGAAUCAGUUCUGUUCCUUGCACACUUUACACGAGGUGUACAUAGACCUGUUCGAUCAAAUCGACGAGAACCUCAAGACUGAACUGCAGAAGGACUUGAACGAUCUGGCACCUGGUUUAAGCAUCCAAGCGGUUCGCGUUACGAAACCGAAAAUCCCAGAGACGAUCAGAAAGAACUAUGAAUUAAUGGAGGCUGAGAAAACGAAGCUGUUGAUCUCAACGCAGCAUCAGAAGGUCGUCGAGAAGGACGCGGAAACAGACAGAAAGAAGGCUGUGAUCGAAGCAGAAAAAGAGGCGCACGUGGCGAAGAUUCAGUACGAUCAGAAGAUCAUGGAAAAAGAGUCGUUGCAACGGAUGGCGACGAUCGAGGACGAGAUGCAUUUAGCCAGACAGAAAAGUCGCACCGACGCUGAAUUAUAUCAAAUGAAAAUGAUGGCAGAAGCGAACAGGCUUCUCCUAACCAGAGAAUAUCUAGAACUAAAAAAGUACGAAGCUCUGUCGAAGAACACGAAGGUGUACUACGGUCAAGACAUACCAAAAAUGUUUAUGUACGGUUUCGAUGGUACUUCGCGUCCAAACGAGAUCCAAGAAAAGUAAUCAUCCCGAUUAGAACUAGUCUAAAAACUAUUAUUAUUAUUAUUAUUAUU